AUCCUGCCUCCUCUAAGGUUCCUCAUCUGUAAAAUGAGCUGGAGAAGGAUUUGCCAACCGCUCCAGCAUCUCUGCCAAGAAAAUCCCAAAUGGAGUCACGGAGAGUCUAACAUGACAGAACAACAAAACAGUACCAGGAACCUGAGGUGGCUUUUCUGGAGAAAUUCCCGGGUACUACAUAUGGCGCAUCAAAACAUCUAGUAGGACUAAAAGGACAUGUGGUGAACUCCAUGUGGAAGUCUUUUUUAUAUAGUCAAGAAUCCCAAAAGAUGUGAAAGCUUGAAUGGGUUGCAAUCUCUUAUCUUUGAAGCAAGCAAGCACAUCCACAAAAAUACCGACAUUUAAGUGUGCAAAUGGAAUUGCCCAUAGUUUUCCUUUCCUCAAAGACAUAGUAAAUUAGUCAUAUAUAUAAUUAAAAAAAAAUUUUUUUUUUCAAAACAGUUCCUAACCUGAUCUGAGCUGAAGCUCCUCUCUCCCGACUACUCCCCAGUUCAGUUUUUCAAAUUCCUCUCCUACAACGGCUCCCCCAAGACGGAUUGGUUGCCCUGGUUCCCUUAAAAAUCGCCCAUCCAGCCAAUAGUCUGCCAGAAAGGGCUGUUUCCGGCCUUUCAACAAGUGUGUAACAGGAGGGGCGGGACUACGGAAACCGGUGCGAAGCCUAGUUCUUUCGGUGCUAUCAAGAUAGAACCAAGUGUAGCUCUUGACAUAGAGAGAAAAGUCUUUGAGUGGCUGGGGAAAACUAGAACUUGGUCAGGCAAAACAAAAAUAUCUUUGGGAAAGGAAUCCAUGUAGCUGGCACAGAAACUGCAAAAGCCGCCUCAUUUGGGGAAUUGUAGUCCGGCAGUUUGUCCCCGGCGCAGGCGCACUUUCCCCUGAGGAUGCGCGCGCAGCCUGACGCCAUAAUUUGUUCUUAAGCUUCGAACCCAGCUCUUUAUCAUAUGUCAGUCCAAACUCCGGACCCAGUUCCAGGUGCUGGACAGCAGGAAAUCAUCCCAGAAGGAGACAUAACUGGCCUGAACCCUUUGGUCAGAGUUUGAAGAAAGAGCGAGUCCUAGAAGACUCAUAUUGAAUCCGUUUCUGUUAUCUUGCCUGAGUAUAUAGGAUUGAAGUGGCAUCAGAUUAUCCAGAAACGAGUGAGCACUGUAACCGUAGAAAAUCUGACCCAAAUGUUUCAGGAGAGCUCAGCCUCCUUGGGAAUCAACAUUCCCUGAGCAGAUCACUGAAUAGAAAGUAAUGUACUCUGGCUGCAUAACAAUGAGAUCCCAGGAAUCAUUGACAUUCAAGGAUGUGGCUGUGUACUUUACCCAGGAGGAGUGGGGGCAACUAGACCCUGGUCAGAAAUAUCUAUACAGAGAUGUAAUGCUAGAGAAUUAUAGGAAUCUGGUCUCAUUAGGGUAUCAUAUUUCCAAGCCAGAUGUGAUUUCCCAUUUGGAACAAGGAGAAGAGCCUUGGAUGGUAGGGAGAGAACUCUUAAGAGGUAAUUCUCCAGGUGAGAUGAUCAGGCAUGAAACUAAGCAGGGCACUUCUGAAAAGGAAUUAUCCCAGGUGACAGUGGAAAGAUUUCCUAAAAAUGUUAUCUGGUACUCAGAAUUAAGAGAUACCUGGAAACAUGUUGACCCAUUUGGAGGUCAAAUGAUAGUUCCUCGGGAGAAAAUUAUCACAGGAAAAACAGCCCCUAAGUGUAAUGAAAUUAGUCUGAAUUCAGUCCUUGUUACAGAACAGAAAGUUUCUGUAAGGGAGAAAUCCCAAGGAUGUGAUCUAUAUGGAAGAACUUUUCAAUUUAGUUCACACCUAAUUAGACAUCAGAAAAUUUGUGUAUGGAAAAAACCUUAUGAAUGUCAUGAAUGUGGAAAAACUUUUAGUAAGGGUGCACUUCUAAGGCAGCAUCAGAGAGUCCAUACUGGAGAGAAACCCUAUAAAUGUAAUGAAUGUGGAAAAGCUUUCACACUGCGUGGGAGCCUUACUGGACAUAAGAGCAUUCACACUGGAGAGAAACCCUAUGAAUGUAAUGAAUGUGGGAAAGCCUUCAGAUUGCAUGCACAUCUUACUCAACAUAUGAGAAUUCAUACUGGAGAGAAACCAUAUGAAUGCAGUGAAUGUGGGAAAGCCUUCAGAUUGCAUGGACAUCUUACUAAACACCUCAAUAUUCAUCCUGGAGAAAAACCCUAUCAAUGCAAUGAAUGUGGAAAAGCUUUCAGUAAAGGUGCACUCCUUAAACAACAUCAGAGAGUCCAUACAGCAGAAAGACCUUAUAAAUGUGAUGAUUGUGGAAAAACUUUCAGCAUGAGUGCCCUCCUUAAGCAACAUCAAGGAGUCCAUACUGGGGAGAAACCCUAUGAAUGUAGUGAAUGUGGGAAAGCCUUCAGACUUCGUGGAAGCCUUACUCAACAUAAAAGCAUUCAUACUGGAGAGAAACCCUAUGAAUGUAAUGAAUGUGGGAAAGCUUUCAGUACAGGUGCAAUCCUUAAGCAACAUCAGAGAAUCCAUACUGGAGAGAAGCCCUACAAAUGUGAUGAAUGUGGGAAAGCCUUCAGUCGAAGUUCAAGUCUCACAGAACACAAGAGAAUCCAUACUGGAGAAAAACCCUAUGAAUGUAAUGAAUGUGGGAAAGCCUUCAGACUGCAUGGACACCUUACUAAACACCAGAGCAUUCAUCCUGGGGAGAAACCUUAUGAAUGUAAUGAAUGUGGGAAAGCCUUCAGACUUUGUGGAAAACUUACUCAACAUAAGAGAAUUCAUACUGGAGAAAAACCAUAUAAAUGUACUGAUUGUGGCAAAGCAUUUGGGGAUGGUGCACUUCUUAUGAGACAUCAGAGAGUCCAUACUGGAGAGAAACCCUAUAAAUGUAAUGAAUGUGGAAAAGCCUUUAGUCGGCGGGCAAACCUUACCCAACAUAAAAGAGUCCAUACUGGAGAAAAACCCUAUGAAUGUCAAGAAUGUGGGGAAACUUUCAGUCAGAGUAAACAAUUAAAACGACAUCAGACACUUCAUACUGGAGAGAAGCCCUACAAAUGUAAUGAAUGUGGGAAAACCUUCCGUCAGAGUAGACAGUGUACUCAACAUCAGAGAAUUCAUACUGGAGAAAGACCCUACACAUGCAGUGAGUGUGGAAAGACCUUCAGACUACAUACACAACUUACUGAACACAAAAGUAUUCAUACUGGUGAGAAAGCUUAUGAAUGUAAUGAAUGUGGGAAAGCCUUCAGACUGCAUGCAAACCUCUCUCGGCAUCAAAGAAUACAUACAGGAGAGAAACCCUAUAAAUGUAAUCAGUGUGGAAAUGCUUUUAGGCAUAGUUCAACUCUAGUCAGACAUCAGCGACUUCAUAGUGGAGAGUAAUUCUGGGAUUUUAGUGAAUGGAAAACUGCUUCUGUUAUAUUUAUUCCUUAUUCAAAUAUUUUUGGUCAUUAAGUCAAAAUUUCUCACUAAUUGAUUUUGUCAUGUCUUGGAGAAAAAUGUGCUUCCUCUCCUAUAUUUCUUUCUGCUCUAUUAUCCACCUCAGUGCCUACAAGGGAUUUCACAUCAGUUUUCUUCAAAACAUAUCACUUUAUAAUCAAUAUGGCUUAUGAUUAAUUCAGCUAACAUCAGUUUCCUUAUGAGUAAGAUUUUAUGUGGUAUGGAUUCUUUAAAAUUACUCAGUUUUACAAUUUUCACUACCUACUAAAAUUUUUGCAUGAUUUCUGGUAUUACCACACUAAUAGGCAUGAAUAACAAAUUUAGUUAGGCAGUUGAUCAUUGGCUUUAAUUUGCUUUAAGUGAGUUAACCAAUUUUUUUUUUUAGAAGGUAAAUAAAUGUGAGAUGGGAUAUGUACUUGUCAAGGGUCCUAGAUUUAAAAUGUCAAGGAACCUUAGAAGCCAUAUUGUUCAGUUCCUUUUUACUAAUGAGAAAACCAGCCCAUGUUGUUUGAUACUCCAAAGUCACGUUGGCUUUAAUUUGCUUUAAGUGAGUUAACCAAUUUUUUUUUUUAGAAGGUAAAUAAAUGUGAGAUGGGCUA